CCCAGCUGAAUUGGCUGAUUUGUUAUCCAGCUCUGACUUUCUCAAUGACAACAGCUUCCUGACCGUUCUUCUGAAAAACUAUAAAAGGAGAGGGGCCUUCAUUGACCUGUUUAACAAGAGGAGCAUUGUGGACACCCUCCCAAAUGACACCGGGAUGGCCGUUCUGGCCGGCGUGUGGCCUGCUGUGUUGAAGAGUGACAACGAGACAGUGGUUGACAUGUGGCUCAGCGCACGUCUGUCGCAAUAUUUCAGUUUUAGCCAAGGCAACAUACUGAAUUUCAGCAGUACCCAGAAUGCCAGCUGCACAGCGUUCCGCAAGAUUGGUGGGCAAACUGAGCAAUAACAUUACAGCUUUCAAGGUCAGCCAGCAAGAAAUCUAUAAUUUCACAAAAGCCUAUCUCACUGCAACGGGUGCUAGGCCUAGAUGUUACAAUGCCAGUGACCCCCGCACAGCAAACUGGUUUGCUGCUUACCUUGGGCGUUCCAUCCGCUAUAGCAGUGAGGACGAUGUAAGAUCAUUCAUCAACAACAACGCAACAGUUCUCCAGGAUCUAGCCAUAAACCCAGACAAUCUGAGACUCAUCAACCACACAAGAAUCCAUAAGGACGUAGCAGAGCUGUAUGCCACAGCACUGUUUGCCAAGAAUUCAAACUUCAGUCUUGUCAACCUUCCAGACCAGCUCCUCUGCUUUGCCAGACGUUCUACUGCAAUACAUCUGCUCAGCCCCAGUGCUUCACUGAGCAUCAUUGCCAGGAUAAACCUCCAUUGUGGCCCUUCAAACACGUCGGAACUCAAAGACCCCUUUACCACUGACCAGCAGCUUGCAACUCUGCUCGUUGCACAGAUCACUCCUUUUGAUGCAAGGACCCUGGCUGCUUUGGGGCAGCAAGCCGUGGGGCUGACCUCUGGGCAGAUUUUAGAACUGAGAGCACAGGAUAUAGCAGAUCCACUGGCCUUGCAGUCGCUUGGACAAGUCAAUGGCUGGGAUAGGGGACAAUCUCAAGGGCUGAUGAAUAAAUUAAUCAGCAGUAAUUUCACGUUUGAUACGGCAGAGGCAUUUCAGAGACUCGGAACAUUGGUACCAGGUCUCCCCAGUCACGUCUUCAGUAACAUCACAGCAGACACUGCGAUGAAGAUGGCUAAGAAUGCCAAUUUCCAUAGAGCCAUCAAGAAGGCUCCUGGCUAUUUAAAGAGAGCUUUUGUGGAUAAGAUCAUCUCCGAUUCCUCAUCGCUGAAUGACAUUUUAAAUAACGUGCCAGACGAUUUAGUGGACCAGGUUCCAGUCCCAUUGCUGGUGCUUCGAGACGAGCUCCUAGAUCUUCGCAAAAUCAACGAGAAACAAUGGUCACCAGAGCAGGCAGCUGUGUUUUUUGUGGAUGUAUUGAAUGCUACCGAUAAUUACGAUGACCUUUCAGCAGCCGUGCUGCGAGGUUUCCAGUGCGGCCCAGCCAGCAGACUGUCGCCUGACAAGAUCUCGUCGCUGGUGGAACAAGUGAGAAACAAAAACGCCGCACUGAGCACUCACCAGUUAUCCUGCAUGGCCAAAAUACUAGCUGCAAAGAACCUGACAGCAAACUUCACCAGCUACCCACCAGAUGUGCUACUCUUCUUUGAUUUCACCCAAGUGCAGAAUCACACCUGCAAAGAGUUUUACAGUCUGGCUUCCCAAGGGAAUCUAAACCUGCUGCCAAAUGGAUUGGCCCAAAGGACACAACUCCUGAAUAAUGCAUUAGUGUGCCUGGGCGGGAUGAAUAACACUCUCAGCAAGGAGCAGCUUAGCAGUCUCGGUGCGUUGGUGUGUGACAUGGAUCCAGCAGCCAUCACAGACUCCAACCCUCAGAUCCUGGAGAAUCUGAAGCUCUGUCCAGAUCUAGCAGGGCCCCAGAAAGCUGCUCUGAACACUCUCCUCAGCAGUGGGGAAAGCCAGGAUGGGGCUCCUUUAUCAUGGGAUUUAGGGAGUUUGCAGAGUCUUGGAUCGCUCACUUUGUAUCUGAACCGGACAAUUUGGAGGUCAGUCAAGGAGGGCGUGAGGAAGGCCUUCUUCAGAAGUGUUGUAGCUGGGUACCAAACCCAAAGUGCAUCUCAGAAGGAGAAAACCAUGCUCCUCUUAAAAUCCAUUGGAUCCGCAUCACCUUCAUCUCCCAGAUCUAAGCGUGCCACGGAACAAUGCAAAUCUGAACCUAUCACCGCCAGCACCAUCCAAGACCCCCUCUUCAUGGUGUAUUAUGACACGAAGGGGCAGUUUGAUGCAUGCUUGAGUAACGAGGUUUUGAAAGCCAACCUGGUUCCAUUGCUGGAGCACCCUCUCACAGAGGAGUACCUUGAUGUCAUGAAAAGCAAACUCAGUGAGAUUUUCCCUGCUGGGAUCCCAGAGGACCAGUUAAAGCUGUUUGGCCAGUUAUCACGCCGCUACGACGGGAAUGAGAUCAGCACUUGGCAAGUGACUUCCGGUGACACACUAUCAGCCUUACUGGAUCCGUCAGGCGGAAGCUGGAAGGCAUCUGGGGCCAAGCAACUGAUCACUAGAUACAUGGACCUGGGGGGCACCUUAACUGGACCCUUACUUCAGAAAAUUGGUGGUAGAGAUCUGUGUGGUCUGGACGAUGAUCAGAUUAAUAAAAUAAGCCCAGAAGCAAUUGGGACUGCUGGGAAAUUAGACAUUUCUUCUUGUUCACAAAGCAAGAAAGACCGGCUGUAUGCAAAAGCCCGUGAUGCAUUUUCUAGCCAAACUGGAACCAGUGCUUACUACCCUUUAAUUCAGCCAUAUUUAGGUGGAGCUCCCGUAAAGGACCUGGAACACUUAGCAGGAUCUAAUAUUGCCAUGGAUAUUGACACAUUUACUUCCUUAAAACCCAGCGAACUGCAGAACCUCAGUGUCCAGAAUGUGAAAAAUUUGCUUGGUGUAAACCUCCCUGAUCUAAAACGAGCUGAAAAUCAUCCAUCCGUGACCAACUGGAUCCAGAGGCACCAUCAGUCGGAACGGACAGCAUCCUGGCCAUUGGUCUGCAUGGAGGAAUGUCAGAGCCAGUCUCAAUGGCAACAGCUAACAGUGGGACCUUCCGCUACCCCUGAUAGCACCACCCCACCAGCCACCACCUACAAUGUCACAACCCCCCACAACACCACUUCCCUACCUGCCACCACCUACAAUGUCACCAUCCCCCAUGACACCACCUCCCCACCUGCUAUCAUCACCCCACUUGCUACCAUCCACAAUACCAGUACUACACAUCACCAUUUCCCCCAUCUGCUACCCACUGACAAUACCACCACCAUCCACAACACCACCUCCCUACCUGCCACCACCUACAAUGUCACCAUCCCCCAUGACACCACUGCCCUACCUGCUCUCAUCACCCCACUUGCUACCAUUCACAAUACCACUACUACCCACAACACUACUUCCCCACCUGCUACCACCUACAAUGAUACCAUCCCCCACAACACCAGUUCCCCACCUGCUACCACCUACAAAUGACACCACCCCCCCCAAACACUACCUUCCUACCUGCUAUCAUCACCCCACUUGCUACCAUCACCAAUACCCACUACCCACAACACCACUUCCC